UUUCAUCAUUCAAAAACUUGUGAUUGUAUUCUUCUGAUAGAUACUGAGAUACACUACUAUAACUCAGAUGCUGAGAGAAUCACUGUACUGCUACUGCAUUAGAGAUGAGUUCACCUAAGAGAGCUUGGACUGUGGUUGUAGGUGUUGGAGUUGUGGAGGCUUUGAAGGAUCAGGGUCUCUGCAGAUGGAAUUCAGGAUUCAAGUCAGCUCAGCAAAGUGUGAAAAACCAUGUUGGAUCGUUUUCACAGGCAAAGAAGCUUUCUUCUUCCUCUUCUGCUGUGGUUUCUAGCAAAAUGCAUGAAGAGAAUGCCACACUGUCAGAAGAAUCCUUGAGGAAAGUCAUGUACUUGAGUUGCUGGGGUCCCAGCUGAAGGAAAGAGAAAGACAACGUGGAUAAAACUUUUCUGUUCUUUGAAUGUGGACCAUGAAGAAAUUGUGCCGCAUCGAGAAGGAGAUGUCUCUUGCCAUUUUUGGGACAAGUGGUCCUAAAACUACGGAUUCAUUGAACUUGAUUCCAAAUCUUUAUGCACAGCAAAACCACUGGCUACCCCAAAACCAGUUGCUAGCUAACCAAUACUUUAUGCCUAUGGUUUUUCUAAAUCUUUGGCUGUUUCCUUAGUUUAGCAGUUUGUCAGACAUCACAUUCAAGUGCUUCUUCUCAAUAUAAAACCACCUUCAUUUCAAUUGAUCUCUCAAUCUAAAAUCCUGCAAUAUAUUUCUUCCAUUCGUUUAAAUCACACUACAGUAUCAAGUCCCAAUUGGGUUACUUUUUGAUCCUUCAAAAAUCAAAGCAAGAGUUUCUUUGAAGAAGCCUCAUACAAGAUGUGUUCAGCAGGCAGAACUUGGGCUGUGGCAGCCAGUGUUGGAGUUGUGGAGGCCUUGAAGGACCAGGGUCUUUGCAGGUGGAAUAAUGCCUUAAGAUCAGUUCAACAUCAAGUAAAAAACAACGUGAGAUCCUUGUCUCAGGCAAAGAAUCUUUCUUCCUCUUCUUCUGCUAUGGUUUCUGGUAGAUUGAAGGAAGAAGGGAGGAAACAGUCAGAGGAAUCAUUGAGGACAGUCAUGUACUUAAGUUGUUGGGGUCCCAACUAGAGUCACAAGGCAAUUACAAAACUUUGUGUCUAAUUUGAUUGAACCUUUGCCCCCAAGGGAAGGUGGGGCAGAGAUUUCAUGGUCAUGUCCGAGAAUUGCUAUUCUAUUGUGACAGAUUUGGAUGUAAAUUUUGAUGAAUGAAAACUAUCUGAUUGUGUUAAA